CUCCCUCUUCUCUGUCCUCUUUCUCUCUCUAUAUAGACCCACCUUCUCUGUAUCUUGCACAUAUAUACAUCAUAUACAUAUAUAUAUUGCCUCUGCUGAAUUCCGCCUUUACUUGCGAUUAUUGCUCAGCUUUUACAGUUGGAGAAAGAGAAAGAGAGAAAGAACUCAAGUCAGCAAUCGGUUCACUUCCAAUUUCCAAUACUUCUACUGCCUUUUCUUCUUCUGUUACCUUUGGAGAUUAAAAUUUUUUCUGGUUCAAAGAAAGAUUACAGAUAAUGGCCAGUUCUGCUAAAGCUUUAGAACCUGCUUUUCAAGGAGCGGGUCAAAGAGUGGGAACUGAAAUUUGGAGAAUUGAAGACUUUCAGCCAGUUCCUCUACCGAAAUCCGAUUAUGGAAAAUUCUAUUCAGGCGAUUCAUAUAUUGUAUUGCAGAUAACAACCGGUAAGGGUGGUGCUUAUUUGUAUGACAUACAUUUCUGGCUAGGAAAAGAUACAAGUCAGGAUGAAGCUGGAACUGCAGCAAUCAAAACCAUUGAACUUGAUGCCAUUCUUGGUGGAAGAGCAGUACAGCAUAGAGAACUUCAAGGACAUGAGUCUGAAAAAUUCUUGUCUUACUUCAAGCCAUGUAUUAUGCCCCUAGAAGGCGGUGUUGCAUCUGGCUUUAAAAAGCCUGACGAGGAAGAGUUUGAAAUACGUUUAUAUGUCUGUAAAGGAAAGCGAAAUGUCAGAUUGAAACAGGUUCCUUUUUCUCGAUCAUUAUUGAACCAUGAUGAUGUGUUCAUCUUGGACACAGAGAAAAAGAUUUUCCAGUUCAAUGGUGCAAACUCCAAUAUCCAGGAACGAGCAAAGGCACUGGAAGUGAUUCAAUUUUUGAAGGAAAAGUAUCAUGAGGGGAAGUGUGAUGUUGCAAUAGUAGAUGAUGGAAAGCUACAAGCUGAUUCAGAUACAGGUGAAUUCUGGGUCAUCUUUGGUGGAUUUGCUCCAAUUAGUAAGAAGGUUGCAAGUGAAGACGAUGUUAUUCCUGAAAAGACUGCUGCAAAACUUUACAGCAUCACUGAUGGUCAAGUUAAGCCUCUGGAUGUUGACCUUUCCAAAUCUGCUCUGGAGAAUGAUAAAUGCUAUCUGUUGGACUGUGGAGCUGAUGUAUUUGUUUGGUUUGGUCGGAUAACACAAUUAGAGGAGAGGAAAGCAGCCAGCCAGGCAGCUGAGGAAUUUGUUAGUAGCCAAAGUAGGCCAAAAUCUGUAAGGAUAACCCGGCUUAUCCAAGGGUAUGAGACACAUUCAUUCAAGUCAAACUUCGAUUCUUGGCCAUCUGGUUCAACACCUGCUGCUGCCGAAGAGGGCAGAGGAAAAGUAGCAGCUUUGCUGAAACAACAAGGUGGUGGUGGUGUCAAGGGAAUGUCAAAAGGUGUCCCUGUAAAUGAAGAGGUCUUACCUUUGCUUCAACAGGAUGGGAAAAUUGAGGUGUGGCGCAUCAAUGGAGGUGCCAAGACUCCUGUGCUUAAAGAGGAUAUUGGUAAAUUUUACAGUGGAGAUUGCUAUAUUGUUCUUUACACCUACAACUCAGGUGACAAGAAAGAAGACUACUAUUUGUGCAAUUGGUUUGGAAAGGAGAGCAUUGAGGAGGAUAAAAAGACAGCUGUUGGUCUGGCUACCACUAUGAGUAAUUCACUAAAAGGAAGACCUGUUCAAGGACGGGUAUUCCAAGGGAAAGAACCGCCACAAUUUGUUGCCAUCUUUCAGCCUAUGGUGAUCCUUAAGGGUGGGUUGAGCUCUGGGUAUAAAAACUAUGUUGCCGACAAAGGAUUGAAUGACGAAACUUACAAUGCUGACUCUGUUGCACUUAUUGAGAUAUCGGGAACUUCAAUCCACAAGAACAAAGUUGUUCAAGUUGAUGCGGUGGCAACAUCAUUGAACUCGAACCAUUGUUUCCUUCUCCAAUCUGGUUCUUCAUUGUUCACUUGGCAUGGAAACCAAAGCACAUUUGAGCAGCAGCAACAUGCAGCUAAAAUAGCUGAUUUCUUAAAGCCAGGAGUAGCAGCCAAACAUGCUAAAGAAGGAACUGAAAGUUCUACUUUCUGGUUUGCUCUUGGAGGGAAAGUAAAUUACAUUAACAAAAGUACAGUCCAGGAGACUGUUAGGGAUCCACACUUGUUUACAUUCUCAUUCAAUAAAGCCGGAAAGUUUGAGGUUGAAGAGGUUUACAACUUUUCUCAAGACGAUCUGUUGACUGAGGAUAUCUUAAUACUUGAUACACACGCUGAAGUGUUCAUUUGGGUUGGUCAAUCUGUGAACACCAAAGAGAAGCAAAACGCAUUCGAAAUUGGUCAGAAAUACAUAGAUUUAGCUGCGGCUUUGGAUGGGUUGUCUCUUAGUGUUCCUCUAUAUAAAGUUACAGAAGGAAAUGAACCAUGUUUCUUCACCUCAUAUUUCUCUUGGGAUACUGCUAAAGCCACUGCUGUUGGAAACUCGUUUCAAAAGAAGGCUUCGCUGCUAUUUGGAGCUGGCCACCACGUGGAGGAAAAAUCCAAUGGGUCGAAUAGAAGUGGAGGAGGACCAACUCAAAGAGCCUCGGCCCUAGCUGCAUUAAAUUCUGCGUUUAGUCCAUCUCCUGGCUCCCGAUCUCCUGCGCCUACUCCUCCAAAGACAGCCUUAAGCCGAGGGUCACAAAGAGCAGCAGCAGUAGCUGCAUUAUUGCAAGUCCUUUCUGCUGAAAAAGCCACAUCCCGAGAACCCUCUCCUGCCCGGCCUACCCGGGCAGAGACUAGCCUUCCAGGUGGCACAAAGAGUGAAAACAAAAUAUCAGAAGCUGAGGAAGAGGUUUCUGAAGCCAACAAUGCAACAGUUGAAGUGGCUGAGCCUUUGUUCACUAGUAAUGAUGUCGAUUCAAAACCCGAAGAAAAGUUUGUUGAGAACGGUACUAUAUUUAGCUACGAACGACUCAAGGCUCAUUCGGGUAACCCAGUCACUGGUAUUGAUUUCAAAAGGAGAGAGGCUUACCUUUCGGAUGAGGAGUUUCAAACAGUGCUAGGAAUGGCGAAAAAUGCAUUCUCUAAACUGCCAAAGUGGAAACAAGACAUGCUAAAGAAGAAAGUCGACCUUUUCUAAGAGGAUUAACAAAUUCAAACUUUUUUUGUGUUUAAAAAAUUUGUCAAAUUGGCGUGUAUUGAUUUAUAUGAUUUGUGUUAGUGUGAAAAGGGGUGAUUUAUUUGAAUUGUUGCUGCUGCAGUUGUUUAUUGAUUUAGACAUUUAUAGGGGGGAAAGGAAGGGGGAUUAAAGAAUUCUUGGUUUUUAAAUUCUUUGAUUUCAUCCAACACAGCGUGAGAGUUCUUUGUUUCAAGUUUGUAUUUGAUCUUGUCACAAGGAAAUAUGGGUGUAUAUUAUAUUCAUAAAGUAUUAUUGGGCUUUUGAUUGUUUGUAAUUU